AUGCAUCAUCCGCCCGGGGGUCACCCGUCCUACUCUGGGUCGGGCGAAGGCCACCACCCGCUGUCCUCGACGGGCCAUGGCUUCGGCGGCGGCGGCGGCGGCGGCAUGGCCGAGGAGCGCAGGCUGCCGAUAGAGGGGGUGGUGGUCGCGCUGGCCCGCAAGGAAUGUGACUUCGAAGGUCGCCCGCUUCCCGGGGGCGGCAGCGGCAUGACUCCAAGCAGCACUGUCUCCUCGAACGGCCGCGAUACCCACGUCGUGUUCACGGGGCUAAACGACACCGGCCAUGACCCCCGGGGCCUGCGCGUCACGGUGAUCUUCGGAGUCGAUGCUGUGCACCAGAUUGCCUGCGUCACGAGCCCUAUCCAGGUCGCAGCCGAUGGUCGGGCGUACUCUCGGGUGUUUUACCCCAGCCUGGAAGAGGUCUGGCCGGAGCUGUACUACACGGUUGACGUUCGAGCGGUUGAGGUCGACGUUGCCGUCGAAGUUCUCUCCGACGAUGGUCGCGAGUUCCGGUACGUGGGCCCCCACCUCAAGGUUGGAAUAUAA